CACCUCUCGAUCACACUUUGCAAGCCCUAUACUCCUCUUCCAUAUGAGCCGAAAGGAAAAGGUAUAAGGAUGCGAGGAGAGACGAUCACAAUGUCCUGUUAUCCAUCACCUUGCUUCACCCGGCCAGUCAUCAAUAGGGCCCACAACAAUCAUGUCCCUGUCCUUCGCUUCUGUCACACUCGCUUUGGUAUCUAUCGCACCCGCUUUUGCAGCACCCGCUAGCAACCUCUUGAAGCGCGCCGCUAUCCCUUCUUAUGCUCUGACCUAUGCACCCUACACCUAUCUCCAGAGCGGUGAAGGAUGGUUUCCUUCCGACAUUGCUACUCAUGUCAAGCACAUGUCUGUUGAAAACGACUUCAAGAAUGUAUCUACAUCUGUCACGCUUCAGACGUUGAACAACUUUGAUUCGUCGACAUAUUUGACAAGCUACGACAAUGUCGAGAACAACCCCGCUUGGCUUACCAGCACGUAUGGCAAGCCUGACAGCAAAGGAUACAGUGCUGCGCCUGCCACCAUCAUCGCUGUUGAGAAGAAUGGCUUUGUCGAUGUCUUUUACUUCUACUUCUACAGCUACAACCAUGGCAGUCUUGUCCUGGGCAGCAGAGUUGACAACCACGUCGGUGAUUGGGAGCAUAGCAUGAUUCGCUUUUCAACCGCGGGAGUGCCCCAGAAUGUUUACUAUUCUGCUCACAGUAGCGGUACUGCAUACACUUACUCCGCGGUCCAAAAGGUCGGCGUCCGCCCCGUGGUUUACUCGGCCGCUGGUAGCCAUGCCAACUACGCAACUGCUGGUACUCAGAAGAUCUACCCCAUUGUUGGCAACAUCGUCACCGAUACCACCGACGCCGGCUCUUACUGGGAUGUCGCACAGAAUUACCGCGGCUAUUAUUACGACACCGCAAGCAACACAUUCACUUCUGCUGGCGGAGUGGGUGUCGGCGGAACUGAGCAAACGGCUGAAGGUGUGAACUGGUUGAGCUGGCUCGGCAUGUGGGGAGAUGAGCAGUACCCUGACUCUGACAAACGUCAAAGCUGCGCUCUUGGUAUUGAUGAUCUCUGCCAUUACCAGAGCGGACCCACUGGACCUUUGGACAAGAACCUCGGACGCACAGCUGUUUGCCAGAAGGAAGACAACUGCACCAUCAAGACGAAGCUGUGAAGGGCUUCUCGCUUUCGAACUGCUUGAACUCUGCUUGUUAUCC